CCUAACAGACCCAACCACGUACCGGGGAAAUACAUGAAAGACCCAAGGAAUGUUUUUUCAUCGAUGAGUCAUAAAGGUUGGUGCUUUAUUUUUCGCCUUCAAAUAUGUCUUGUUGACACUACUGACAAGAGUUGUCGUGUGGGUGAGGCACCGGUGCGUCCACUUCCUCGUGCUCACGCCCGCCGUCACAGAAGACAGACCACACAGGUCGAAAGGAGCCACUUUUUACCUGGGACUCCCACGUCUCCUCCGCGCGCUCCUGCAUCAUCAGCAGAGUCGCACGCCAGAGAGCUGCGACGUCGGUGCCCCGAAACAAGAAGAUCCCCAGGGAGGAUGGCUGAGGCUCUGCCUCCAGAUGUGCCGCAGAGCAGACACCUGGAGGUAUCCAUCAGCUGCACCGACCUCGUCAAAUCGAGCAGCUGGUUUAACGACGCCAGCUCCUACGUCAUCGUGCAAGAGUAUGAUGAUAAAGUUGACCGAUGGAACGAGAUUUUCAGAACAGAGACAAUCAACAAAGACCUGAAUCCACAUUUUGCCAACAAAAUGGACUUGGAUUAUGAUGCCUCUAAGGAGCAGAGAUUAAAGUUCUUGGUUAUUAGCGGCAAGAAAAAUGUUGUCGGGGAGACGAAGGCCACCCUGAAGGAGAUCAUUCACAAGAAAAACCUCACGCUGAACCUGAUGCAGAUUGGCACACCCAACAGUACGGGUAAUAUUUUGCUCUCGGCUCAGUUAAUCUCCGACUGUCAAUUCAUCACCUUGCAACUGGAGGGGAAAUCUCUGGACAAGAAGGACUGGUUUGGAAAGUCGGACCCUUUUUUGGAGCUGUACAAGCAAACGUCCAUUGGGAAGUGGAAGUUGGUAUAUCGAACAGAGGUCCACAAAAACACCCUCAAUCCUCGAUGGAAGAACAUCGUCUUGAACCUGCAGUCUCUGUGCGACGGGAACAUCGCCAAGCCCAUAAAGGUCGUGUGCGCCGACUGGAACCGGAAUGGGCGAUCCAAUCCCAUCGGGGAGUGCGUUGUCACCGUCAUGCAACUCAACCAAGCCAAGCUGAACAACACGGUCAUGUUUGAUCUUGUCUUGCCUGGAAACGUAAAGAACUCGAACUACAAGAACUCGGGCCAACUUGUGGUCGUGCUCUGUACGAUUUGCAGACAGUACACCUUUCUGGACUACAUCCGCGGAGGCUGCAAGCUGCAAUUCAGCAUGGCGAUCGACUUCACGGCCUCCAACAAGCCACCGUCGCAACUGGACUCCUUGCACCACACGGGGUUCAACGACGCCAACCAGUACCUGAUGGUCAUCCGAGCCGUGGGUGGGACCCUGCAGUAUUAUGACGCAGACAAGCAGUUUCCAGCUUAUGGAUUUGGGGCACAGCUGCCAUCCGAGGAGAAGGUGUCGCAAGAUUUCCCGUUAACAUUGAACGCUAAUAACCCAAAUUGCGACGGUGUGCAAGCGCUGAUCAAAGCGUACAAGUCUUGCCUGACGAAGGUGAAACUCUCCGAGCCAGCUAACCUUGCCCCGGUCAUCAACCGCGUUGCCACCGCCGCUAAAAGAAUCAAGUUUCAGAGUAAAAUGGCUCACGAGUAUCACAUCCUCUUCAUCAUCACGGACGGCGAGGUGAAGGACAUGCCGGCCACACGGGAGGCCAUCGUGCAGGCCUCAAAGCUGCCGCUCUCCAUCGUCCUCGUGGGCGUGGGCAGCAACGACUUCAGGGACCUCGUGGAGCUGGACAGUGACGACACCAUCCUGACGGCCCCAUCGGGGGAGAACGCCUUCCGUGACAUCGUGCAGUUCGUGCCGUACCUCGACUUUGCCAGGGAUCCAGUGGAAAAAUUUCUGGAGCAGGUGAUGGAAGAGAUUCCUCAUCAGGUGGAGCAGUACUUCCAUCAGAUGGACUUCCAGCCGCCGAACAUGACCAGCCCCUAAACUUCAUCUUACAUGUGGGGUGGCACACGAGAUUUUGUUCCACGUCAACCAUUCUGGGUGUCGCGUCAGAAACCGCGGCGUGCUUUCACCGAGACGUAUUGUGCGCACACAGUGAUUGAUGAAAUCAACGGCUCGCUCUGGGUUUUAAGCUGUCUUUCACACAUAAUUAAACAAUGCAAAUGUGAAAAAUCAACGCUAAAGGGGGGGGGAAGCAAAGGAUGGAUAAAAAAAAUCAUUAACAUUUUUUGUUGUUGCAAAAAAGCAUCGUACCGUGCUAUAUUUACAUCAUCAUGGCAGGGAAGAUUUUUUUUUGCUCAAAUUAUUUUUGCUAGAAAACAAUCUCACGCAGCCCAAGCUGCUAAUUCAGUCCCACGUCGCGGCGUGCUUGGGUCCACGUUUACAUCCCGCACCCGCACGCACCCUCUGGCACCGCACAUGUGGCACCAUCCCCGUGGAGGACACGCGGAUGUUAGCCAACGUGGACAAUUUUACAUUUUGCACUAAACAUUUGGCCUCCCAGCUCUACCCAGUAUGCUCUCCAGAACAUUACACCCAUGUCACUCUAGAGUUGGGGUUGGUGAACUGCUUGUGGGAGGGGGAGAGGAACUAGUCUCAAGCUAACAUUCGUAUGGAUUAUACUAUGGUAUUAUAAUGGAAGAAUGCGAUCUGCUUACCUGCAAAGAUGCUAACACGUUGUCGGAGUACAUUAAUUAUGCGGUUUGAGUAUUAAACGUCUACACACCGUUGGUGCCGCUCUCACUUUACUGCUAUUUGGGUUAAUGUACUCUUUGAAAAUGUAUACGGUAUAUCUUUGAGCGAAAUGUACUUAACCAGAUUAGGUCAAUGUAUUACUAAUUACUACGUAAGGAUAUUGUUUUACCUAAUGCAUUUUAUAUGUUUAUAUAAAACUCGUACAACUGUUAA